GGGGGGGGGGGGGGGGGGGGGGCCGUUCCGCGGUCGCCCCGCCCUCGCCGCCGCCGCCGGCCGCCUCAUGGCCACCCUGGCCGGGGUCUUCGUCUGGGACGGGCAGCGCAUUGAGGAGGAGGAGCUGCAGCGCUCAGCCCAGGAGAUGCAGCGCAUGCAGAACUUGGCCGUCCCACUGCAGGGGGCUGCUCUGGGUGAGCCCCCCCCCCGCUUGGACCCCCCCUCAGAGCGGGAUGCCGUGUCAGCCCCCGGCGAGCAGCCCUGGGAGAUGGUGAUGGAUAAGAAGCAAUUCAAGCUGUGGCGACGUCCCAUCGAAGGCACACAUCUCUACCAGUACCGAGUUUUUGGGACGUACACAGAUGUGACCCCCAGGCAGUUCUUUAACGUGCAGCUGGACACCGAAUACAGGAAGAAGUGGGAUUCGUUGGUCAUCAAACUGGACGUGAUAGAGAGGGAUGCAGCCACCGGAUCCGAGGUGAUCCAUUGGGUCACGCACUUCCCGUACCCCAUGUACUCCAGGGAUUACGUGUACGUACGGCGCUACCGCGUGGACAAGGAGAGCAACCUGAUGGUGUUGGUGUCACGGUGGGUGUGUGUUGGUGUGUGUUGGUGUGUGUUGGUGUCACAGGGAUGCACCAGCCUGCUUUUGUUACGGUUCCACACUGAUGGAACUGAAAUGGGGGGGGGGUGAAUCCCAUCAGCUCUGCUUUCAGCUGCCCCAAAACCUUUGGGUCCAGCUGGGGAACGUGGUGUUAUUCUCACUGCCACCCCUGCCAUCCCCUCUCCUGCCUCCUUCCUCCUCCCCCUUCUCAUCCCCCCCUCCUUUCUUCCCCCUCCC